AAGUAGCUUUAGAAUCAGCGGUGUAUGCCAUGAGUGUAGCUAGCCGCCAUGUUGUCUUUCUUGGAGUCUGUUCGUACCUCUUUUAGACAAGACAAUAACAGCGUUGAAGGUCGAGGGAAACGCUCAGCCUCUAGGGAAGAGUCUGUAUCAGAUGAUAUACAGUCUCCUCCUUCCAAGCGAAGAAGAGAUUACUUGAAGACAGAAGAGGAAUCUAUAGUGGCAAGUUUUAUAAGCAGAGCAAUGUCUUGGGCUGAUAAAUACACAUUUUGGAAAAAGCAGACAAAAGAUUUUCAGGCCAGGUCAAGAGUGCAGCAACGUACUGACCAAGAUGAGGUGAUUUGCACAAGAGUUGUUGUUAGAGGCACCCAAGAUGAUGUAAUUUGUCUUGAUGAUGUAAAACCUUCUAAGGUAAAAUCUUCAACUAAUAUAAAACCUAGAAGUAACAGGGAUUCAAGCAGAUCUGUCAAUCAAAGUUGCAAGUUUCCUGACAGGUCCUUUGAAUCAUCAACUCCUGCAAGACCAGACUGUUACAUCACCAAAUGUCAGCCACCCAUCUUUAAAAUGCCAAGUCCACCAGAUUACCCAUCAUCCAGGGUAUUCAAAGCUCAACAGCAUACCAAGUCAAAACCUAGUGGCUUACCACAUGAAAUGGCAAGAGAUGGUACAUCUAUGGGAAGAUCACAAACAAUGUCACAUGCUACGUCCACAUUUAACACAAGUAUUCCUUAUGGAAGCUUUAGCAUUGGGUCAGACCGCAGCAGAAACACCCAGGGGAUGGUUCAUGUUGGGCCUAGUAAACCGCAGAUGAGAAGGAAAGUGAGCAGUAAUAGAUACAGAACAACUGCUGAUGAGGUUGUCAGGCUGAAAGAGAAAGAAGUGUACAUGAAGCUGCUGUCUCAAUUCACAGACCGGGCUUGUGCCCCUCGGCUUUCUCAUUCUGAGACAGAAAAAGAAAAUGCAUCAGCUGAUCAUAGUCAUAAUGCAUACUUGUUUGAGACAGCAGAAACAACAGUUGGUCCCACUGGACAUAGCCCCUACAGAGCAUCUGAGUGGUCCUGCAGUAUACUCCAGGCAAGGCCACAAUCACCGUUAGGCCAGAACCUUUCUCAAGGUUCUGCCCCCCUCACUGUGAAAAUCAAAGCCAGUCCAAUAUCCACAAGAGAACACAGUCACAUUCAGGAUGUGCCGCUAUUUUCUAGGAUAGUUCCAAUGUCAAGUCCAAGCUCCUCUAGUUCCUUUUCCCAUACCAGGGCCCCAGCCUCUACUCUGACAGAUGACCCCCUUUUGAGCAAUUGGACAAAGAAGUGGAGGGAUAUUCUUAGCCCUGAAAACCAAGAAAGAGAAAGAGAAAAAGCCAGAAUUGCAUUAGAAGAAAAUAAGCUCAAACGUCUCAGAGAAAAGAGGAGAGAAGAAGAACAGAGAGCUGUCCAGGAGAUUCAUGAGCGUAUCAGGAGAGAAGAGGAGAGUGAGGAAGAGGAAGAGGAAGAGGAGGAGGAAGAGCUUGUGCCAUUAUCAGAUGAUAUGGAACAGAAGAUCAAUGCUGCCCUUGCGCCUGGAAAUCCUGGUGAUAACCUUACAGAGGGGUUCAAUCUUACUAUCACUCGAGGGGAUCUGGCUACACUAAGUAACCUGAACUGGCUGAAUGAUGAGGUGAUAAAUUUCUACUUUAAUAUGAUAGCAGCAAGAAGCAAGGAAGAUCCUGUAUUUCCCAAAGUUCAUUUCUUCAACUCUUUUUUCUAUCCCAAACUGAUAAAAACGGGCCAUGCAAGCCUGAAGCGAUGGACCAGGAAAGUGGAUAUCUUCACUGUAGACCUAAUCCUUGUACCUAUUCACCUAGGAAUGCACUGGUGCCUAGCUGCAAUUGACUUUCGGAAGAAGACAGUUCUCUACUAUGAUUCACUAAAAGGCACAAACAUCCAGUGUUUGGAUGCAUUGCAGAAGUACCUAAAGGAUGAAUCGUUGGACAAGAAAAAGGUGCCAUUUGACACCACGGGCUGGACAGCUGCAUGUCCAAAGGAUAUCCCAGAGCAAUUAAAUGGCUGUGAUUGUGGUGUAUUCACUUGCACAUAUGCAGAAUAUCUAUCAAGAGAUGCAAAGUUUACCUUUAAUCAGCUUCGUAUGCCAUAUAUCAGACGAAAAAUGGUCUAUGAAAUCCUCAGCAAGAAGCUGCUAUGACAGAUGGACUUAUUUAUAGUGAUGUUGGACUUCUAACAAAGUAGCAGUAGGGCGCCUGUGCCUUAUACAAGAGUAAAGAGUGGAAGCUUGAUGUAACAAUGCUCAAUGUACUGAGGAAUAAUAUUCAUGGUAUAAUGAUCAAAGUCUAAUAUUUCUUCACCAGUAAAAUAUACAAAAAAUUUUUUUUUAGUUGUCCAAAUAAAUGCUCAAUAUAUCUCUCCUUGGAGUAUCUUUUUUGUCAAGGUUCCAUUAGACCCCAUAAGUGAAUUGUUGUGAUACUGUCAUCAAUUUUGUCUCGGCAUUUUUCUACCAAUUCAGGUUGUUAUUUACUCCUCAAGGAUUCAACAAAGGGGAGAACCAACUUCUCGUGAGCGACUUUCCACCCUACCAACCUCCCAUGAGCAACUUUUGACUCAACUAACUUGUCAUGAGCACAGUUAGGAUGUUGUAUAUAUUUCAGGAUCUAUAUUUACUGUAAAUUAAAAUGGAAUUUGUAAAA